UCAGGAUAACACAGGUAACAUGCUGCAUUCAAGUGUCUCUGUACAUUACCAAUCUGACUCACUAAAUUCACUUCACGUGCAAAAGAGUUUCUAAAAUCAUGCAAGACAUAUGUUUGAUAUCUUGCAUUGAACCAUUUUCUUCAGCUCCCCCUCUCUCACACUCAUAAUUACACCACACACCAUUUUGCCGACGUAAAACCCCCUCGCCCCUCCCCUUUAUGUGUGCCUAGUGUUCUCGGGUAGCGCCAGGGAGCCCUGCAGGGUACAGUCUCAGAGAAGGAACCGCUAUAAUAAGGUGAAGCCUUCAUCACAACACCCGAGCCGCUAUGAGGAGAAUAACGGGGAAGGAGAGGGAUGAAACUUUGAUCGAGCUGCAGAGCGCCACGGACUCACAGACUGGAGAUGAGACCAGUGGGAACGGUGUUUCCUUAUCUGAACGAGUCAGCCUUCCUGGACAUGCAGAGACAGACAAGCUACAGCCGAACAAAGACACAGUGUUCUUCAGGGACGGCGUGCGGAGGAUAGACUUUGUGUUGUCUUAUGUGGACGACAAAGAUGGAGAGAAGAAACAGGAAAGGAGGAGGGAGUUUGAGGCCAACCUGGAGAAAGCUGGACUGGAGCUGGAGACCGACGACAAAUCAGACUCUAAAGACCAAAGGACGUACUUCCUGAAGAUCCACGCUCCGUGGGAAGUUCUGGCCACACACGCUGACGUCUUAAAGAUUAAAGUUCCCUUCAAAGAGAGUGAUAUCCCUCACGGUCAGGAUGUCCCGCUGAAGUGGCUCUCACACCCUUUCCGCCUGCCGGCGCACAUCAUGCGCCCGUCCCCUGACUACUUCACUUACCCCUUCGACAAGAACAAGACCGACUUCUUCCUCAUCAAUGACAAGGACACCUUCUUCCCUCCUUCCACCAGGAACAGAAUUGUGUUCUACAUCCUGGGUCGUUGUCCGUACUACAAAGAGGGCCGGAAAGACAGAGACAAGACUGGGAUCAAGAGACUCCUCAGCAACGGGACGUAUACAACUGCAUUCCCUCUGCAUGAUUGUCGGUACUGGAAGCGGGCCCGAAACGCUGAGUGUGAGAGCGAGCGCUACAACUUGUACCACCACUGGGCGCGGUUUCUCUGCUUCUACAAAGAGCAACCGUUAAACCUCAUCAGGAAGUACUACGGGGAAAAGAUCGGGAUCUACUUCGCCUGGCUGGGCUUCUACACGGAGAUGUUGUUCAUUGCUGCCGUCAUGGGCUUAAUAUGUUUCACGUAUGGAGUGCUGAGCUAUGAUGACAACAUAUCAAGCAAAGAAAUAUGCGACCCUGAAAUCGGAGGCAGUAUUGUGAUGUGUCCACUCUGUGAUAAAAAGUGUCCUUUCUGGCAGCUCAACUCCACGUGUCUCUCCUCCUGGCAAUCCCAUCUGUUUGAUAACGAGGGCACUGUGUUCUUUGCCAUAUUUAUGGGGAUUUGGGUAACUCUGUUUUUGGAGUUCUGGAAACGGCGUCAGGCCCGGCUGGAGUACGAGUGGGACCUGGUGGACUUUGAAGAGGAACAACAACAGCUUCAAAUGCGACCGGAGUUUGAGAUCCGCUGCACUAACAAGAGACUUAACAAGAUCACACAGGAAAUGGAGCCAUAUCUUUCCGUCACCAGCAAGUGUGCACGCUUCUGCCUCUCUGCGACCACCGUCUUAUUUUGGAUCUCUCUGAUUGUGGCCUGUAUUAUCGGGGUCAUCGCAUACAGGCUGGCUGUGUACGCUGCCUUUGCUAGCAUCAUUAAAGACCCAAUGAGGAAGAUCCAGCUGGUGGGCAGGUUCAUCACUCCUCAGCUGGCCACCUCUGUCACCGCCUCCUGCAUCAACUUUGUCAUCAUCAUGAUCCUCAACUUCUUCUAUGAGAGGGUGGCUGUUUGGAUCACUGAUAUGGAAAUCCCAAAGACCCAUCUGGAGUAUGAGAACAGGCUGACCAUGAAGAUGUUCCUCUUCCAGUUUGUCAACUACUACUCCUCAUGUUUCUACGUGGCCUUCUUUAAAGGCAAGUUCGUGGGCCAUCCUGGAGCCUACACUUACAUGUUUGGCAAACUGAGGAAUGAGGAGUGUGACCCUGGAGGCUGUCUGAUUGAGCUGACCACACAACUAGUGAUCGUUAUGGCGGGGAAACAGCUGUGGGGGAACAUUCAAGAAGCCCUGCUGCCGUUGAUGCGUAACUGGUGGAGCAGCAGAAAGGGACGGCACAAUCCUGAAAACCACUACAGCCGCUGGGAGCAAGACCACGUCCUGCAGAACUUCAGCCAGCUGGGAUUGUUUUACGAGUACCUAGAGAUGGUGAUCCAGUUUGGGUUCAUCACUCUAUUUGUGGCCUCCUUCCCUCUGGCGCCCCUCCUCGCUCUGUUCAACAACAUCCUGGAGAUCAGAGUGGACGCCUGGAAGUUCACCACCCAGUUCAGACGACCAGUAGCAUCCAAGGCCCGAAACAUUGGAGCCUGGCAGGAAAUCCUCAACGCGGUGGCCAUUCUGUCUGUUGUUACAAAUGCUUUCAUCAUGGCGUUUACGUCCGACAUGAUCCCCCGUAUGGUCUUCCUGUAUGCUUACGGUAAAGAUGCUAGCAUGACAGGUUACGUCAACAACAGCCUGUCCAUAUACAACAUCUCACAGAUACCUCAGAGCAACAGGCCGGAGGAUGGAGACUACUGGUUUGUGAACUCCAGCAGCAUCUGCAGAUACCGUGACUACCGUUACCCUCCAGGCCACGAGAAGGAGUACACUCACACCAUGCAGUUCUGGCACAUCCUGGCAGCCAAAAUGGCCUUCAUUAUUAUCAUGGAGCAUGUGGUCUUUGUGGUGAAGUUCUUCGUGGCGUGGAUGAUCCCUGACGUCCCCUCCGAAGUGAAGGCUCGGAUCAAACGAGAACGCUACCUGAUUCAAGAGUACCUGCAUAACUACGAGGUGGAGAGGCUCAAAAUCCAGCUGAGUGCCAGCUUCAUCACAGAGCCGCAGUCAGAGAUGUCCUCCACGUCAGACAAGCAUGAAGUGCUGUCUGAGUGCCUGUAGCCGCAGAUUCACCACAGAACAUUCACAAACAAGGGCUUGUGUCUGUGGGGUUUAAACGCUGUUAUGUUGUCGGUAUGAAUGGACUCCUAUAUUAGGAUCUGUGUCGAGGCAUCAGAAAAAAAAAUCAGCUUCUUAUGUGAAGGAAAGUUUCUGUGCAAUAAAAAAAAAAAGAUUGUAACUGCAGCUUCAACCAUUCUCCGUGUGAUGCCUUCAAACUGUCACGGCUGAAAACAUGAGCUCUUUAUGUGCUGAUAGAGUCAAAGUUUGUGAUGUUUAAUGUGAAAUUAAGUGUUAUUUACCUUCAGAGGAGUUGAUAUCAUAUAAAGGUAUUUCAUUUUCUGCAUGUGAUUGUUCCAGUGAGAGAUGAAGGAUUCAAAUGUUCAGAGAAGAAGCUACGUGUUUGAAUGAUUGUGGUUAAAGAAAUAACAUAUUUUUUAGAGGUAGAUGUCUCAUCACACUUCAUCCAGUCAUACAACUCAUAAUGUAAAACACACAGACUAACAAGUUUGAAUAUUCUACAUACUAAAAGUAUUAAUAAGUCCUCAGACGUGUUGCUAUAGAUCUGUAGCUGGGCUAUACGAUUUUUACUUUGUUCUUUUUUUUGUAUUAUUUCCAGAGAAACACUCAAACUGUGCAUUUAAGAACCAAGUACCUCCAUCAUACUGCAGUGAUACUGUAACAAUCAGACGUGAUGGUUUCCAUGACUUUCACAUGUUACUGUGAGGCAGCAGCUGCAUCCUCCAAAUCUAUCUGUGGGACCAAUUAUAAGAUAUCUGCCAAAAGAGAAGGAAGAAAAUGUUGCAACAUCUCUUUCCAGGUUUUCUGCUUUAAUACAAUCAGUCUGUAUGCAUGAGUGUGAGCUGAUCAUGUGCCAGUUUUACUCAUUUUGGUGGUAAAUAGACAUUUUACUGUCAUCAGACGUCAGGUCACUGAAGUCUCACUGAGGGCAUAAAGAAUCAUUGAGGUAAACAGAGAGUAGAGACACUUCCUGUUCUCUUCAUGGAUAAUGUGAGGGAGGAUUGAUGCUGGUUAUGCUUUGCUGUAGAUACACAGUAUGUUUUCUAAUAAAAUAAGUUGUAACUUAGAGAUCUGUAUCUGCAGUUUGUUUAGAGUAAAUUUAUAUGUAAUCCUCUUAAAGAACUAACAAUGUGCUUGCGACGCCUACAUUCUUAUUCUGUAUCCUGUUCUUCAUCGCCUCAUACAGAUCCAGUUAAAAUGUGCUGUUAUGCUAGUUGGUCUGAGGAGGUACGGGGUGGCUUUUUUAACUUCUUAAGCUUAAUGUGCAUUUAAAUCUUUUUGAGGUUUGAAGGAAACUUUUUUGAUAAUUUACACCGCAAAUGAUGCUGAUGUCAUUCCAACUAUCAGCCUGACCAACUCCAAUCUCAGGAUAAAACAUAUCUAAAGUUUGUUGAGCAUCACUUGUUCUAGAUGUGGUGUGAUGUUUGAAGGGUGUUUCAGAGGGGGGGAUCCAACACGGUGCAUGAUGCAUUUCCCAACAAACAAAUGCCUUAACCGUCGGUGUUUACUUGUUUUUGUAUCAUUUUGUAAAAACAAAAGUUUCCUAUCUGAAGUCUGAACCUGGUUCAUGUCAUCUGUUGCUGCUGCUGCUGUCUGUUGGUGCAAAGUCAUUGUUUCAUCUGGUUUGAUGUGCAUGAGUUGAAAUCAUGUAAAUAAUGUGUAUGUUUAAUUUUAAGUUAAUGUAGCCUAAUGUACAGAAAUGCACUAAAGCUGUUAAUAUUCUCAAUAAAUGAAGAAAUAUACCA